AUGAGACAAUUGCAGCAUGUUAUCAGGAACAAGCAGACAAUGCAACCAGAAGGUUAUGGUUUCAUUGAGUUUUACACGGGCAGCAGCAAAAGAGUACUGCAGACGUACAAUGGUGCAAUCAUGCCCAAUGGUGGAUAGAGCUUUAGACUGAACUGGGCUAGUGCUAGUGAAAAACGUGCGGACGAUACCCCUGACUAUACAAUUUUUGUGGGGGACUUGGCUUCAGAUGUUACGGACUACAUGUUGCAAGAGAUGUUCAGAGGACGCUAUCCUUCUGUUAGGAGUGCAAAAGUAGUAAUGGACAGGCUUACGAGCCGUACAAAGGGUUAUGGGUUUGUUAAGUUUGGAGAUGAAAGUGAGCAGAUACGUGCUAUGAGUGAGAUGAAUGGAGUCUUCCUUUCAACAAGACCGAUGAGAAUUGGACUUGCCACAAAUAAGAAAAUCGCUACUGGGCAACAGUAUCAAAAAGCAUCUUACCAGAACACUCAAGUUACUCCAAAUGAGACUGAUCCCAAUAAUAAAACUGUAUUUGUUGGUGGUCUAGAUCCCAAUGUGACUGAUGACCACUUGAGACAAGUUUUUGGACAAUACGGCGAAAUUGUCCAGGUGAAGAUACCACCUGGAAAGCGGUGCGGAUUUGUUCAGUUUGCUGAUAGGAGCUGCGCGGAAGAAGCUUUGCGAAUGUUGAAUGGAACCCAGCUGGGAGGACAGAACAUUAGGCUUUCAUGGGGCCGGAGUCCUGCAAAUAAACAGCCACAGUCAGAUCCUAGCCAGUAUGGAGGGUAUUACGGAUAUGCUGCUGGUUAUGAAAACUAUGGAUAUGGUGCAGCUUCGCAAGAUGCUAACAUGUACUAUGGCGGUUACGCUGGAUAUGCAAAUUAUCAGCAGCCCCAGCAGCAACAGCAGCAACAACAACAAUUAGGUUACAGUUGAGAAUUUGGCGAAUCUCGGGGCAUUCUGUCAUUGUGCUUAGCCUGUAAUUGGAAGCUGCACUCCUCCCUACCUUCUCUCUUUCUUGCCUAUUGCGAGCCUUUUUAGUUUGUUGUCUUAGAAUUUUCACACCGACAUAAAACCUUUGAAUCUUUUGUCCGGAGAUCUCAUCUGUUGUACUGCUCUCUUUUUGUGUUCUUGAUGCCUUUUUUCCCUCUUGGGUAUUUUCAUAAUAUCUUGUGUUAGAUAUGACCAGAUUGAAUAGAGUGGCAUGUUACUCUUCUGUUGAGAGUAUGAAUCUCCUCAA